AUGGAGGAGUCUCAGAGUCUCAGAUCGCUCUUUCAAUCCGCUCGUGAUGACAAGACUGCGUUGGAAACAAGAGGGGAUACCAACACUGAAUCCUACCGAGACGCCGUGAAUGCGACAAUCGCGAAAUUCCACGAAUGUCAGCGCCAGAUCAGCAUCUUGUCACUUUUCAGCUCGAAUGAAUCGCUAGAUGAUGUCUCAACGGGAGAUCUUCCGUAUAUGACCCUGGAAUAUCACCUUGCCGAGCUGGUCCAGCGAGGCCCCACCUCCGAUCGUGAAGCUGUUCUCCGUCGAGCCCUGGAACAAUAUGAGACUUUCAUUACGCGUCUAGAUGAAUACGAGUUGCUAUCCGGGGAAGACAAGAAGCUUCUGGAGCAAUACAUGGCGAAUCCAUCUACAUUCACCCUGGCCCCGAUGAAUGAUGCCGCCGCUCGUCGGGAUGUCAAGGUGAAACGCUUCAGAGAGGAGAAGGAACUGAAACAGAAACUGGAGUAUCUCGCACGGAACGAGGCCCGUCUCCAAAGCGACGACGAUGACACGCGACGAUUAUAUCUAGCAGAACUUCAGCUCUACACUCACCAAACCUUCCAAUCCCUAGACCUUCUGAUGCAGGAGCUGUCAAUGCUCGCUCUCAUGAAAAAUUCGCCCCCGCCUCCUCAACCGCAGCCGGAAGAUCUCAGACAACGAGUGGGUGGCCUGGGAGGAGCCAAUUAUUCAGACCGCUUGGACCCAUCGAUAUCACAGUUACUCGGUAGUGGACGAGGCGGUCCCAUCUUGAAUAGCAAAGGCAAGCCAAUGCAGCCUUUCACUCUUCUCGACCGCCGUACACAGCUCCAGCAAGGAGUGUUCCGCUCAGGUCACAACCUGCCGACAAUGACGAUUGACGAAUACCUUGAAGAAGAGCACCGAAGAGGAAAUGUGCUGCAAGGAGGAGAGCAAUCUGGAAUUAUACCGCAAGUUGACGAGGAUGAUUUUGACAAGGCGGAUGAGGAAACGAUGAAAGCUCGCGCCUGGGAUGAAUACACCGAAGCAAAUCCUAAGGGGUCUGGCAACACCCUUAACCGUGGCUGA